AAGCGUGAGAGUCACGCCAGAGGCGUGACUGUUGGCAACCCUGCAGCCAAUCGACUGAGAGGAAUCAGCAGUCGUUCCGAUUGGACCACCGACCACCGGCGGUCACAGAUCUAACGAGUACGUUUAGUUACUGUUAAAAAACCGUUCGGAUGAAAGACGUUUCCGAGACUCAUCCUACAGUAUCUGGCUCUACAGGAGAAGAAUGGCAGAGUUUUUCCCUGGGAAAUCUGCGCCCAUCUACCAGUCCACCCCCAAACCCGGGUCCUCAACCUCCAGACCUGGGUCCGACCUCCUGGUCCCGCAGCCCGCCGAGAACCUCUCCAUACAACACGGCACCGGGGACCAUGUGAUGACCAGCGAAGGCUCAGGCGUCAUACUGGACAUCUCCAGCAUCCCCGAGCAAGAGCCCAGCCCCAGCCGUAAGAAGCCCAGGCUGGGAGCCCCCCAGACAGCCUCCUCCUCCUCUUCCUCCUCCUCCUUCUGCUCCCUGCCGUGGUCAGACGUGGAUGAGCUCGGGAGACGAGCCCAGGAGCUGGUGGAGAGGAUCAACCAGAGCCGGGACCGCGACCAGGAGAUCAUCUGCAGCUUCCAAGACCAACUGCUGUCAAAGGUGGGGGACGUGUGCCAGCAAGUGAAGGAGCAGCUGUUCUCUAGCUAUGAGGAGCAGGGCCAGGGCUUGGAGCAGCAGCUGCAGGAGCUGUCCCGGGUGCUGGAGAGGAGCAGCUCGCUGAGCACCGAGCUCCAGGAUGUCAGCACCACGCUGUCUGUGAUCAACACCGGCCUGCUGCACAGCCCCCGGGCCCUGAUGGAGCCAAGGACAAGCUCCCGGGACCACCCAGACCAGCCCAGUCCUCUAGACACCACAGACCCCCUUUAUGCUGAACCAGGUCCGUGAGGAACACAGGAAGUCCAUGUCAGCAGGUGGCGGUUUUGAGCUGGUAGUUAUGUUCAGUUAAUAUUUGGUGUUCUGGUAACCAUCAUUAAUGUUCACUCUGGGUUUGACAGAACCCUAUUUGUUGUGGUUAUGGUUGUGAACUUUAAAUGUUUAAUAUUAAAAUGUCACCCUGCUCAACACAUCACUUGUUAAGUGUAAGCCCUGUAAGUCUACAAUGGCAUUUUAGUUCAUUUAAAAACAAUCUUGGGAGCAUUUUGUUUACUUUCCAAAAAUUCCAUGGUUUAUAUCAUAGGUCUGACUUUUGACUGUCAAGAACAGUGAGUCUUUUCAAGUGUAGUCAAAAAAUAAAUCAUUCUUGACCAAAUUUUGUUUGAGGUAAUCUUUAUUUUAAAUUGUAUAAAAUCGUAUCUAAUGUGAGAUGAAAACAUGAGACACGUGGACAUUCAGGGUAACCAAACGUCUGACUCAAUGAGAUGACUCGGAAACAUAAAUAUGCUUUUAUUAGGAGCUCUGAACCGCCGUGACGCGCCAUGCAACGCACGGCCAGUAAAGGUGCAGGCCACCCUCACAGGCAACAGUAACACAGGGACUCAUGCGGGGUACAUCUCCCUAAUAAGCAGAAUCAGACGCACAUUAAAAAGGUAGGUGUGAUUAAAAAGGGCCCUCAUUUGACCAACAGGUCGGAGAUUUAAUAAGCCAUCACAAGCCGUCGGUGUCCAAAGUGAUGUAUGAUGGAUUGAUCCAACUGCCGCCGUAUGAGCUGGUACAGUCCAGGAGAGGAAGUUGAGUGGGGAUUUGAUCUAUCCACCAUAAUUCUGGGUCUGUCCUGUCAUGACUCAUCCCCCUCACACCUGUGGGUCGAUUACAUACCCUUUAACCCUGGGCUUUAGCACUGAAAAUCGAUCCGCUGAAUUGUGCUACUCAUUCUGGAUCUAAAUAAAUCCAUUAUCGUUUCACCUCGUGGAGAACUGUUCAUUCCGUACAUUCUAUUCAACAAGUCCGCCUCUCCACCAUGGUGUAUUCACACUCACUUAGAUUCUUGACUUGUUAUGGGUG